UCAGCGCGCGCUGAUGGCGGACAACAGCUACUUCACAGACGCCCAGAGAGUCCUGAGAGAGAAAGUCACUCCCAGAGACGCCCGUGCUGGGGCUGUAGCGCUGUCGUUGAGGCACCCGUCUCUGAAAGUAGAAGGAGGUUACUUUUAGUAUCUUUCUGUUUCACUUUGAACGGGGUAAUAUGCGGGACCGGGAAAUAGUGGACUGUGACAGACCGGACGGGAUUUAGACAACGCAGGCGGCUCUGUAACUUAGUGACAGAAAUAACAAAAGCCCCAAAAGAAGACGCUGCCCGACUCGAGGAUACUAUUAUAGUCCGUCUGUGGAUUUCUGCUCCGCCAGCAUGAAGUUUGCGGAGCACCUGUCUGCCCAUAUUACUCCAGAAUGGAGAAAACAAUAUAUUCAAUACGAGGCUUUCAAGGAGAUGCUUUAUGCGGCCCAGGACCAGGCCCCAUCCAUAGAAGUCACAGAUGAAGACACUGUCAAACGGUAUUAUGCCAAGUUUGAAGAGAAGUUCUUUCAGACGUGUGAAAAGGAGCUCUCCAAAAUCAACACAUUCUAUUCAGAGAAACUGGCUGAGGCGCAGCGCAGAUUUGCAACUUUGCAGAAUGAGCUGCAGACGUCUCUGGAUGCCCAGCGGGAGAGCAAUGCUCCAGGGCUGCGCAGUCGCCGCAAAACGGUGUUGCCUUUGUCCAAUAAAGAGCGCAACAAACAUCGCAACAUCAAAGACCUGCAGCUGGCUUUCAGCGAGUUCUACCUCAGCCUCAUCCUUCUGCAGAACUACCAGAAUCUGAAUUUUACGUUCCGUAAGAUUCUGAAGAAACAUGACAAGAUUCUGGACACACAGCGAGGAGCUGAUUGGCGUGUGGCUCACGUGGAGGUGGCUCCAUUCUACACCUGUAAGAAGAUCACACAGCUCAUCUCUGAGACCGAGGCCCUGGUGACCACGGAGCUAGAAGGAGGUGACCGUCAGAAGGCUAUGAAGAGGCUCAGAGUUCCACCUCUUGGAGCAGCCCAGCCUGCACCCGCCUGGACCACUUUUCGUGUAGGACUGUAUUGUGGAGUCUUCAUUGUCCUGGCUGUCGCCUUUGUCCUUAUUGGUGCUUUUUUCUUUCGUCAUCUGAACAUCUGGCCGCUGAUACGCAUCUACCGCGGUGGUUUCCUGUUGAUUCAGUUUCUCUUUCUCUUGGGGAUAAACACGUAUGGCUGGAGGCAGGCGGGUGUCAAUCAUGUGCUGAUCUUUGAGCUGAACCCUCGAAACAAUCUUUCACAUCAACAUCUGUUUGAGAUUGCUGGAUUUUUAGGGGUGUUGUGGUGUCUCAGCAUCCUAUCCUGUCUGUUUCACGGACAACACUUGGCUCCUAUGCAGGCAAACCCACUCAUCCUCUAUGGCUUCAUGGUGCUUUUCCUCAUCAACCCUUUCAAAACUGCCUACUACAAAUCCCGUUUCUGGCUCAUCAAACUUCUGUUCCGUGUGUUCACCGCCCCGUUCCACCGCGUGGAGUUUGCAGACUUCUGGCUGGCAGAUCAGCUCAAUUCUCUGGUCAUUGUGCUGUCGGAUCUGGAGUAUUUGGUCUGCUACUACAGCAUGGAGCUGCAGUGGGGAGAUCACCGCGGUUUACUGCCCUACACAUAUGGUGAUGAAAGGUGUAACAGCUAUUCUUAUGGAGUUCGGGCCAUCAUCCACUGUCUGCCUGCCUGGCUGCGGUUUGUUCAGUGUCUGCGACGUUACCGUGACACCAGGAGGGCCUUCCCUCACCUGGUGAAUGCUGGGAAAUACUCCACCACCUUCUUUGUGGUCACAUUCGCAGCCCUCUACAGAACUCAUAAAGAUCAGAAACACGCCGACGCCGAGGUGUUUUUCUACAUGCUGAUCCUGUCUUCGGUCGUCAGUUCACUCUACACACUGAUUUGGGACCUAAAGAUGGACUGGGGUCUUUUUGACCGCAAUGCAGGCGAGAAUACCUUCUUGAGAGAGGAGAUUGUUUACCCACAUAAAGCCUACUACUACUGUGCCAUUAUAGAAGAUGUGCUUCUGCGCUUCGCCUGGACGCUGCAGAUCUCUCUGACUUCCAUGACUGCCAUUCCUUCCAUCGAGGAUAUCGUGGUUACCAUUUUAGCUCCUCUGGAAGUGUUUAGACGUUUUGUGUGGAACUUCUUCCGUCUUGAGAAUGAGCACUUGAACAACUGCGGUGAGUUCCGAGCGGUGCGGGACAUCUCUGUGGCUCCUCUAAACGCUGAUGACCAGACUCUACUGGAGCAGAUGAUGGACCAGGAGGAUGGAGUCCGGAACAGGCAGGGCAAAAAGAGCUGGAAACGGAGCUACAGCCUGUCCUUACGACGACCCCUGCUAUCCUCACAGUCUAAGAAGGAUACUAAGGUGCUCAUUGAGGAUACGGAUGACGAGGCCUUCAGCUGAACCCAGAUCUCGCUGUCACACCACCUGUCUCUGAUUUCUAUUGGUUCCUCACAGAGCUGCCUCAGCACACCCGACAUACAUAUUCGCACACUCUCUCUUUUCAACACUCACCAAACCAUCCAAAGACAGAGUAGUGGACAGAGUUAAGCACAAAAAACAGCCGUGACACAUAUCAGGACACGACAGCGACAUCGUACAAACACUAACACACACAUACAACGAGAUACACACGCACGGAAAAGCCAAGUGUGGAAUUUUCCUCAAGGUACUUUUUUUAUUAGACUUUUUCAUUUUGUUCCUCUAUAUUGAUACUUUUUUGUACAUUUGUUUAGGUUUUUGAAUCUAUAUUACUGCAUAUGACUGUUUACAAACUUCAAAUAAUAAAUAGGAACUACAGGGAGGAGAGUUAUCAUAUGAAAGAAUAAUAUAUCGUAAACUGCACUCAAAUCGCACACUAUAACUGCAGCGCGUUUAGAAAUAACAACAGUAGCCGUUAUAUUCUUUUCCUUUCGUUUUUCUUUCUUUUUAUUUGUUGUUUUGAGUUGUCGUCAUGACAUCGGAGUACGGCCCUGGUGGCAUUUUUUGGAAAUGCUUCAUUUUUCUAAACCAUAAAAAAAACAAUGUUUAGGGAGUUAUUGUUUCAUCAUAUUUAAUAUGCAAAUGUGUUUUAUUUUUACAUUUUUUAACAUGCAUUGCUUUGAUAUCAAAGCUGUCAUAUUUUUGCCAUGUUUGGUUUGUGUUUGAGAGAAUGAAUUGUGCACGUGUGUGUGUUUUUUAUUUUGGGGAUCGAUAGCUGAUGUUAAACUGCUGUCCUCCUGCUGAUGCAUAGAUAAUUGUUAUUUUCAUUGAUACUUGAUGACCAGUGAAAGUACUGAAAGUAAACCUGACAUUGCUGGUUAAUCUUUGAAUUACUAUUAAGGUAAAAACAAAAAGAUCCGAUUAUUCUGCGAAGUAUUUCAAAUGCAACGAUGCACUAAACAGGAAUAAUUGUCACCCAACUGCAAAAUGAAUGGAAGUGGACACAUUUUUAUUGAACUAAUGUGUUUCCUAGAUGGCUUUUUGUAUCGCUUGCUAUUAACACUGCGAGCCAAACAGGAAAUGCAGACGCUGCCAGUCAAUUGUAAUUCUUCUGGUUGUGAUAUCAGUUUUGUAUUGUGGUAAACCAUAUGAAAUGUUGUGCAUCAAAAAGUAGUUCCAGUGUGGCGAGCAGACAAGCUUUUUCCUCGCCAACAUCUUAACUAUGGUCGCAGUUUGAUUAUUUGUGUGCUUGACGAGCGUGGUAAUAUCUUUAUAAUCAGUUUUACAUUUUGAUGAAAAAACGUGAUUGUAUGUGAUCUAUUAUGUACAUUUAUAAUGUACGUUUUUGCAAGACGGGUAUAACUACCUUGUCUUUCACUCAUUUUCAUACAUAGUCUGAAUUUCAAACGGCAUAUUUAAGAGAAAAAUGGCUGUUUUUCGCCUCUUUAUCAUAAUGCUUCGAUAGCAGAGAGCGAAGACUGAUAUAUGAACUUUUAUUCGAUUUUUAUUAUUAUUAAUAUCCAUUGUUGUCAUCAAAAAAGAAAACACCAGGGCUGUUUUAACUGAUACGUAUUUUUUAGCUUACUUUUUCAGCUUUUACUUUACUUUGAUACUAUUUCAGCAGCAUGCGUCGUUGUAUUUUUGCAAGCACAAUCUUUCAGCUGUAACUAAGAUCAAUUGAAAACGUGGGUUUGUCUUCACAAUCUCUUUUUUUAUUUACUCUUUAAAAGAAAAGUGUUAAUGCUAACAAAAAAAAAAACAAUGUACAGACAGCGGACGUUGUGUUUGCAAGUAACAUUUACUUUUUUUUUUAAACACAUUUAAGACUAAAUUUAAAUGUUCAUAGUUUGGAUUAUAAAUCUGACAGAAGAAAGGAAAAACUACAUGUGACUUGUGGUUGCAAAAGAAUAUAGAGUGCUAUCCUCAUUGAAAAUGUGGUGUUAAUGUGUGGUCCUUUUGUCCUUUUAAUAUUAAUGAAAUGUCAAUCUUGUUGUUCUCAGAAUGAUCCUUCGGCACACUGUGUCUUACUUUGCUGUCUUUAGUUCUUGACUCUCAGAACUGACUGAAUCCUUUAUCGAGUAGACUAUCGAGUGGCACACACACACACACACUAAGUAGAAAUCACCGUAUAUGGAUGCUGAGCACAAAUUUGCCCCAUCCAGUGCUUUUUGUAACUCAUUGCCAAUUGUCUUGCCUGCAUGCUGCUUUUGUUUUGCACUGUAAAUAGUUAAUUUUUUUUACAUUUUAAAUGCGUAAAAGAAUGUCGCUUAAUUUAUUCACUGUACUAAUUAUUUAUGUACAAGUUGGAGACUUUUGCUUUAAAUGAGCAGUAUUAUGGUAGAUGAAGGGCAUUUAUGAUUAGUCACAAUCCCACAGUCUUACAUAUGUGAAUUCUGUCGAAAUAGUGUAACUUAAGACGCUUUAGUGAAUAUGGAAUGUGAUCGGUUUUAUCUACGGUAGGUGUAUAUUUCUACUCAUAACACUUUCAUCCCCAGGGUUUGUGCCCAUUUCACAGGACUUGCUGGGUGACGGUGGUUUUAGGUCGAUAUUUUUAACUGAUCUGGCUGGAGGGAAGAUUGGGACACGUUAACAUUCUCAUUAACACCCUAUCUAGGGGUUCUGUUAUGAGACGAGCCCUCAAAAUGUAGGGGUUUUAUUGUACUUUUUUUUCCUUUUUCAAAUACAGAACUGGAGUAAUACACAAGCCCUGACGUCAUUUCUUCAUGGGGGGGGGACUUUGUCGAUUGCUUGCUAAACCCAUGAUGUUAAGUGCUUGAUAUCUCUGCAUCUUUUCUAUCUUCUAUCUCGAUGUUGUAUCCCUUCUUAAAUACUUGACUGUGACAUUGUUUGUAGUUGAUAGAUGGUUGUACUUUUGAGUAAGUAAAGACUUACAGAAAAAUAGAAAAAACUUGUGGUUCUGUGAUUAAAUAGAGAUAUAAAAAGAGAGAAAAUGUCUCAAGAGUUCCCUCUUUUACAGAGUAGUUUGUAAAUGUUGAGUGUAUUCCUAUGAUGGUUCCACUGAUGAUCUCAUUUGUGUUUCUGUAUACACUUUGGUGAUCCUGUCAUAUUUGGGUUUUAUAAACCACGCUUAUUUUUAAAACCUUCA